AUGUAUCUAGUUGCGUUCUUUGCUGCUAGUCCGCCGACUAUCGAGGCCCAGGGUGGUAGCAGUUUCAGCAGCGGGGAAUUUCUGCAUCAACCCAGUCGUCGAGAUAAACAUGAUGAUCUACCAACUAAGCAGCCUCCACAUGCGCAAUGCAACCGCGCUUUUAUCAUCGCGGACGCUUCUUACCCGUCUGAACGUGUUCUCUUCAUUAACUCUGACAUUGGUGACGCCGGCAUCCAACGAAUCAUUCUCACUCUCUUGAAUCGCUCUAUGGAGACCUCUACAUGUCCACCAACACUGCGCUACUCGGAACUCAUGUCCGUCUUCCUGCAGGUCAUUCUCCUCAGAUAUGUGAACGCAACCGCAGCCGCCAUCAUCUUCGGUGCCCUCAAAGCCAUCGCAGACGUACGCAACUCACUCAUACCCAGUACACAUACUUCCACCUGGCAUUCCUGCAUCCAGUGA